AAUCAGAAUCGUCCGCCUGCCUCAUCAAGUAACCUCUGAGUGUGUGUAUGCGUGUCAUGUUUUUACCUGUCAAAAAUGGCUCAAGCCGGUUCGAAAAAGUCCCAAUUAACCAAAAUAAAUAGUAAAACCGGAAUAAACAGUCUUAUAAUUUUCGUCGUUCUCCUCCUGGCAUGGAUCGCCGGCUUUUCGUCCCGUCUCUUCGCCGUGAUCCGUUUCGAAAGCAUAAUUCACGAAUUUGAUCCAUGGUUCAAUUACCGCGCCACGGCGUACAUGGUCAAACACGGCUUUUACAAUUUUUUGAACUGGUUUGAUGAGCGCGCCUGGUACCCCUUGGGGCGCAUCGUGGGGGGCACGGUGUACCCCGGAUUGAUGAUCACGUCAGGGAGCAUACACUACGUGUUGCAUUUAUUGAACAUCAAUGUACAUAUUAGGGAUAUUUGUGUGUUCCUGGCCCCCAUCUUCAGCGGCCUCACGGCCAUCUCGACCUACUUUCUGACCAAGGAGCUGUGGUCGGCGGGGGCCGGCCUUUUCGCGGCGUGUUUUAUUGCCAUUGUGCCUGGAUACAUCAGUCGUUCUGUUGCCGGAAGUUACGAUAAUGAAGGUAUCGCAAUUUUCGCACUUCAAUUCACUUAUUUCCUCUGGAUUAAGUCGGUGAAGACGGGGUCGGUGUUUUGGGCCGUCGCAGCGGCACUUUCGUACUUUUAUAUGGUCUCCGCAUGGGGAGGCUACGUGUUCAUCAUCAAUCUAAUCCCGCUUCAUGUGUUUGUCCUCCUUCUGAUGGGACGAUUUUCGAACCGAUUAUUUACCAGUUACACCACUUUCUACAUACUUGGGUUGAUUUGCUCCAUGCAGAUACCAUUUGUUGGGUUCCAACCCAUUCGUACCAGCGAACACAUGGCGGCUUCUGGUGUUUUUGCAUUACUUUUCGCCGUUGCGACGCUAAAAUACCUACAAACGAUGCUCUCAAAGUCUGAGUUUAAGUCGUUGGUGAUUUUUGGUGGUUUAAUAUCGGCAGGUGUUGUUUUUCUAACAGUGGUAGGACUGACCUAUGCUGGGUAUAUUGCACCAUGGAGUGGCCGGUUUUAUUCAUUGUGGGAUACUGGAUAUGCUAAAAUUCAUAUUCCAAUAAUUGCGUCGGUUUCUGAACAUCAACCGACCACUUGGUUCUCGUUUUUCUUUGAUUUGCAUAUUUUAGUUGCAACUUUUCCCGCUGGUCUGUGGUACUGUAUCAAAAAUGUGAACGACGAGAGGGUUUUCGUGAUUCUGUACGCCCUGAGUGCGGUUUAUUUCGCCGGCGUUAUGGUCCGUCUCAUGUUAACCCUAACACCUGUGGUGUGCAUUUUGAGCGGAAUAGCAUUUUCCGGUCUUUUGGAGCUAUUUUUACGCGAAGAUGACACUCCACGUAACGAAGAUAGUGACGAUGAUGAACAAUCACCUCCAAAUAAUCGUCGAUUAUAUGACAAGGCCGUUGCCGGCCGUGUGCCAAAAAUGAAACACGAGCAGAACAAAGAAUCGGACGGAAUCGGUCCAAAUAUACGUAGCAUUGUUACCGUUGUCAUAAUGUUAUUGUUGAUGUUGUUUGCGGUACAUUGUACUUGGGUCACUAGCAAUGCUUAUUCAAGCCCAAGUAUCGUCCUAGCAUCAUACGGAAGUGACGGUUCCCGUCAGAUUUUGGACGAUUUUCGCGAAGCUUACUUUUGGUUGUCGCAAAAUACAGCCGACGAAGCGAGAGUGAUGAGUUGGUGGGAUUACGGGUAUCAGAUCGCAGGAAUGGCCAAUCGGACGACGUUAGUUGACAAUAACACGUGGAACAACAGUCACAUCGCCCUGGUGGGGAAGGCAAUGUCGUCCAAUGAGAGCGCAGCUUACGAGAUCAUGACCGCCCUUGAUGUGGACUACGUCCUAGUGAUCUUCGGCGGUGUGAUUGGCUAUUCGGGCGAUGAUAUUAACAAGUUUUUGUGGAUGGUGCGGAUCGCAGAAGGCGAACAUCCCAAAGAUAUAAGAGAGAGUGAUUAUUUUACGGAACAUGGCGAGUUUAGAGUGGAUGCUGAAGGGGCGCCAACUCUGUUAAAUUCACUCAUGUAUAAGUUGAGUUAUUAUCGAUUUGGUGAAUUGAAGUUGGAUUAUCGUACACCGGCUGGGUAUGAUAGAACCAGGAACGCAAUUAUUGGUAAUAAAGAUUUCCAACUUACCUACCUGGAGGAGGCGUAUACGACUGAGCAUUGGCUCGUGAGGGUAUACAGGGUGAAGAAACCAGACGAGUUUAAUAGGCCGAGGAUUCCCGUGGCGAAUCGGGUGGUCAAAAGCCAGAAUUUCGUAUCGAAAAAGAGCACCAAACGCAAAAAGGGUACAAUUAAAAACAAGCCAGUCAUCGUGAAGGGCAAAAGACUGUCAAAACAGGCGUAAGUAGUUGUUGUUAGUUGUUUGGAACGAAGAGUUUUGUUGAUUUAGUUCUGCCAGAAAAGAAGGUUUUUCACUUGUGAUAACUGUGUAAAAUAAAGGUAAUAAAUCUUUUUGCACUGUAAAGUGUUUUGUUCGACAUUAAACAUCACUUUGUGAAA